AUGCCCCUUAUCCUCCGCCGUGCUGCAAAUUCCAUCUCCUCCUCGGGCCGUCGGGCGUUCUCGCAAUCCACCAUCCGGCAAAGCUAUGCCGACACCAUCCACAACCUCCGUAUCCACAAGGACACACGGGUUCUCUGCCAGGGCUUCACCGGAAAGACAGGUACUUUCCACGUGAAAGAAGCCUUGGCCUACGGCACGAACAUGGUCGGAGGCGUCUCUCCGAAGAAGGCUGGCCAGACCCACCUUGGCUUGCCCGUCUUCGGUUCCGUCAGGGAGGCCGUCCGGGAAACAAAACCGGACGCGUCAGUCCUCUACGUCCCACCACCUACCGCGGCCGACGCCAUCAUAGAAGCCAUUGAAAACGAGAUUGGCCUAAUUGUGUGCAUCACCGAAGGAAUUCCUCAAGCUGACGAGAUCCGGGUCAUGAACGCCCUCAAGAGCCAGUCCAAGUCGCGUCUCGUGGGGCCUAACUGCCCCGGUAUCAUUAACCCCCUGGGCUGCAAGAUGGGCAUUCAGCCUGGCCACAUUCACAGGCCAGGAAAGAUCGGCAUCGUGUCGCGCUCUGGAACGUUGACGUACGAGGCCGUUGCUCAGACCACGGAUGUCGGCUUGGGCCAGUCGCUCUGCGUUGGCAUUGGUGGUGACCCAUUCCCCGGUACCCAGCACGUCGAUGUCAUCAAGGUCUUCCUCGAUGACCCCAACACCGAAGGUAUCGUCAUCAUCGGUGAGAUUGGUGGUUCGAUGGAGGAGGAAGCGGCCGAGUACUUGGAAAGGUACAACAAGACGCGUAGCAACCCCAAGCCCGUUGUAGGUUUCAUUGCCGGUCGGACCGCCCCUCCUGGCAGGCGCAUGGGCCACGCUGGCGCUAUCAUUGCAGGUGGAAAAGGUGCUGCGUCGGACAAGGUCGCUGCUUUGGAGAGGGCUGGUGCGAUUGUGACGGACAGCCCAGCAAAGAUCGGUGCAGAGAUGAUGAAGGCUAUGAAGGCUGCUGGACUGGUGUAG